AUGAUCGGCGACGACCGGCUGUCCGACCUCCCCGACGACCUUCUCCGGCGCGUCUUGCACUUCGCCCCAGCCAAGGAGGCCGCCUCCACGACCGCGCUCUCGCGGCGCUGGUGCACGCCGCUCUGGCGCUCCACCGGCGCCGUAAACCUCGAGUCGCGCGUCCACGACAACGACCGCCACCACCACCGCCGCAACAUCGACAGACGAGAUGACGAGGCCGGAUUUGUGUCCCGGCGCGAAGCCUUCGUCUCCGCGGCCAUGGUGGCGCUCGACGCCGCGGCCGCCGACGACCACGUCACCAGACUCACCUUACGCCUCAAGUCUGACAGCGACGCCACGGUUGCCGAGUUCCUGAACGGCAGCUCCGACAGGCGCCUACAAGCUCACCCUCGACAAGCUGCCGUGGGAGACCCUCCGCGUGCUGGAUCUCACCAACAGUCAGGGCCUCUACCAGCCGAAGAAGGCCGCCGCGCUGUGGUGCUCCCGAGGCUGUCGUCGCUCAGGCUGCGGCAUUGUGGUCAGCACCUUGUCUCUCUCCAGAGCAUCAUCGACGCCGCGCCGGUGCUCGCCGCUGUCCGCCUCGAGUCCGUCCUGAUCGACGCAACAAACCACGACAAUUGCUGGGGCUGCGGUAACAAGAUCGACCGCUGGGCCGGCAGCGAUGAAGACGACGACGACGACGAUGCACCUCAAUCGCCGCCCAAAGAAGCUGCACCCUGCCGCCUCCGAUGCCCAGCGGCCACCCUGCUCGUGCUGGAGAGGUGCAAGUGGGAGGAGAAGGAACAUGGGCGCCACGGCCACUCGUACCGUGACAACGAUGACGACAAGCUUGUCAACCUGAUCGCUGCGGAGAUCGAGGCGCCGAGGCUGCGCCGCUUCAGGUACAAGGGAUAUCUCCGGCCGUUCUCAUUCAGUUCACAGCCACCGGAGUUGGAACAAGUGGACCUCGAUUCUUUCCCGUACGACGACGACGAGAACCACAAGAACAAGGAACCAAACCGCGUCCUAGCGUCCAUCUGGCGAUUGGUUCGGAGCUUCACCAGCGCCAGGGAGAUGAAGCUAAGGCUGAACCACCUCGAGGACAUCGCCGUCCUGAGCGAGGCAAGGCAGGUCGAGCUCCUGCCUGCAUUCCGCCGCCUCGAGCGACUCGAGCUGCAAGGGGUGCACAGGCCGAAAGGCAAGACCGCGUCGGUGACGAUCGCGAACCUGGUCCGCCGCUGCCCCGUGCUUCUUGACCUCUGGAUCAACCUCACUGCGGAGGACCAAAACGCCCGCAAAAAUUAUCAGCACGCACAUGAAUUCUUCGAAAGGAAAUUCCGGUAUGACCGUGACAAGUCCAAGGAUCGUCUUGACCACUGCUGCCGCGACUCGGAGCCUGACACGAUUUCGCCGGAAGGAGAAGGCGAUGGUGUUAAUUACUAUGACGAAGUUUCUGAAAUUCCUGCCUUGAGUCGACACUCGUUCGAAUGCUUGCAGAGCUCACUAAGGAGAGUGUGCCUGCAAUUCCAGUUGGAGAAGUCCAACUGUCUCGGUCUCCAGCUGAUCAAAUUCUUCGCCGAGAACGCCAUGGUCCUUGAAGAAAUGCAUAUCGAUGUUGGGAACGGGAAGCUGUGGGAGCACAUGAAUAGCAAGAUCGAAACAUGCAUAGCCAAUUCAUGCAAAAGAAAUAAGCCAGGAGCGUCAAGAGAUGGCUAUACAAAGAAUGAGAUUUGUGAGUUUUUGACAUGUAUACCUUUUUUAGAGGGAAUACAUUUCUGUAGAGGACGUUCUCACUUUCAAUAA